AUGAGGAAGGACGAGCAAAGUUGUGACACGCCGGAAUUAACUACACAAUAUGGGCUGAAGACGAAGAAGAUGAAGAAAACGAAGAAGAGGAAGGCCAAGCAGGCCGAACAUGGCCUAUACGACAGUAGAAAUGAGAAAGACGCAUGUGGAGUGGGAGUCGUGGCAGAUAUCAAUGGAAAGAGUUCGAGGAGUGUUAUCCAAAAGGCAAUGCAAAUACUACUUCGGCUGAGUCAUAGAGGAGGAGUUCAAUCGAAUAACGGAGAUGGAGCGGGGAUUCUAGUGGGUAUACCACAUGAUUACUUUCAAAUGUUAAGUGACACAUGUCAGUUGCCAUUUUUGCUGCCAGAAAAAGGAGACUACGCAGUUGCACAAAUAUUCUUGCCACAUAAUGAAGAGAGGAGGUUAUUUUUGUAUCAUGAAAUUGAAAAGGAAGUGUACAACAAUGGACUUGUAGUGCUGGGUUGGAGGUCGCCAAUCCCAGUUCGCAGUGAUGUAAUUAGUGCAUCUGUGAAGAAGAGUGAACCGUUCAUAGCGCAAAUGUUUGUAUGUAAAAGGUCGGUAUUUAAAAAUUACGACGAUUUUAAUAUUUACCCAUUUUCAGACAUAGAUUUUACAGAUGAUAGCCACUUGAAUUUGAGUAGCUUGCCAGACGACAUAGAACUGCUAGCCUUUUUUAUAAGAAAAAAAUUGGUCAGACAUAAUGACAUGUAUUUCUGUAGUUUCUCUUCCAGGACGAUUGUCUACAAGGGACUGUUAACCCCUUCUCAGAUAUAUCUCUACUUUGAGGAUUUACUAAGUGAGCAAUUUACCACCUACCUGGCAAUGGUUCACGUGAGAUUCUCGACGAAUACUUCCCCCACGUGGUAUGCAGCACAUCCAUUCAGAAGAAUAUGUCACAAUGGAGAAAUCAACACCAUUAGUGUGAACUCAAUUUUAUUUCAAGAGAGAAUGGAGCUGUCGAAAGCGCCCAAUUCGUUUAAGUCAGUGUCGAUAAAAGAUUUAAGACCCAUAAAUGAGGAGAAUUAUAUUAUAUACGAUAACGAUGAUGAGAUUAUUGAAAAGAAAGACACCUUUGAAGAUAUCAUGUUGACAAAAAAUAGACUAAAGAAAAAAUCCAGGAGGAGGUUACUUCUCCGGUUGAAGAGAGACUUUACCUACAACAGUUCCGCUAUCCAUUACAAAAUAAAAAGAGAAUAUAUGAAUUCGGACAUUAAUAGCAAUUCUGAAUUUUUAAGCAAUGUGAAUGAGCCGUCUGGGAGUUCGUCGGACGAUUCGGAAGACCUCUCAGGGAAGGAUGAUAAUGCUACCACUGCUAGACGGAUAAAGGAGAAGAAUGCCAUUUCGCACAUUUGCAGGAGUGAGAAAAACUUUGGUCACUCGGUAAAGACGCAGCUGAAACAUGGGGAGUCUCGAAAAACUAAGGGCGCUAUUAGCUACCCUUCUGAUUCAUCCUUGUUUGAUAAUGCCAUCGAUUUUCUGACCAUGGCGGGAAGAGAAAUAGAGCACGCAAUUAUGAUGCUGAUGCCAAGGGCAUAUCAAAAGGAUCCAAAUAUAACUCCACUGGAAAAGGCCUUUUACGAAUAUCACACAUGUAUGAUGGAGCCGUGGGAUGGACCUGCAUUAAUUAUCUUCACGGAUGGAAAUAAAGUAGGCGCUUCGUUGGAUCGAAAUGGAUUAAGACCCGCUAGGUACAGCAUCACAACUGAUGGGUUAUUCGUUCUGUCCAGCGAAACGGGGGUCGUCGAUUUGGCUUAUGAUAAGAUUACCCAUAAGGGAUGCGUAUAUCCUGGGAAAGUAGUCCUCAUCGAUUUUAAGGAAAAAAAAUUCCUAAGACAUGAAGAGGUGUUAAGCAAAUUUUUGAAAGAGAAGCCUUACAAAAAAUGGCUAGAUCAUUAUUCCAUCCACUUGGACAAUAUUAUAAAACCGGCUUCCAACAUGGAAAACAUACGAAUGAAUGCUUAUAAGUAUGGAGCUAUAUUGAAUAAGGAGAGUUCCUAUGGGAGUAAGGAUGCCGAAGAGGUUGACGACAUGGAUGACCCUAACGAUGAGGCGUUAAUUAAAAAGUUAAAAGCCUUUGGUUAUACAUAUGACGCGUUUAAUAUGAUAAUUUCCCCCAUGGUAAAGCAUGCCGCUGAUGGGCUUGGCGCAAUGGGAAAUGACACCGCCUUUCCCUUUUUAAGUUACUUACGGAGGAAUCUUCUCUAUUACUUCCAGCAAACCUUCGCACAAGUGACCAACCCGGCCAUCGAUCCGAUUAGGGAGGAAAAUAUCAUGUCUCUUAUGAGCACCUUGGGAAAGGAAGGAGACAUCCUCCAUUCCAACUAUACGAAUUGUCAACGUAUAUUUAUUAAUGGUCCCAUUCUGAAUGAUGCACUUUACAACUUGCUGCUCCAGUUGCCAGAUUUCCCACAUGUCAUAAUAGAUAUGACAGUAGAUCUGAAUAAACUGGAAGCGCUCAUGGCGGGUGAAUCGACUGACGAACUCAAAUUUGAUGUGGUCAAAAGUGUGUCUUCCCCAAAGAGGAGUUACCACGCGGAUUGCAAUAUCAGCUACACGUUCAAGCUGGACGAGUAUAAAAGCAAGCAUAGCAAAGAAGAUAUGAAUAAAACGAAAAUAAAAAAUAAUAUCAUAUCCAAGUAUUUAAUUAAAUUUAUCGAUAGCGUUAAUACGAAUGUGGAAAAUGCUGUUAGGAGGGGUAGCCAGCUGAUUAUUCUCUCACACGGUAACAUAAACGAAAAGAGAGUGCCCAUAUUUUCCAUCCUAAUUGUUGGUGCGUUACAUAAAUAUCUGUUAAGUAAAAAUCUAAGAACCAAGUGCUCUCUCAUAGUUAAAGCUGGGGAUUGCUUCGAAAUUCACCACUUAGCAGUGCUCCUCUCAUUUGGCGCUGAUUGUAUAUACCCCUUCAUCUUGUACGAAAGUUUGCGCUUCAUAAAAUAUGGAGAUAAUGAGGCCAGACUUAGUAACCAGCAAAUGAUAAGUAACUACCGUCAUGCAGCAAAUUAUGGUAUCCUAAAAAUUAUGUCGAAAAAUGGUAUUUCUACUCUCCCUAGUUAUAAGGGAUGUGGGCUGAUGCAGCCAUUGGGGAUAUCAGACGAAAUUCUAAAAAAAUGCUUCAUCAAUGUAUGCGACUCCAUUAUCGGGGGGGUAACAUUUGAAUUUGUGGAGAAGGAAAUUUUAAAGAUGUUUUACAACGCCUACCCGAAGAGGAUAAUAACCCUGAACGUUAAGGACGCUACGGAGGAGCUCGACGACUAUGGGGAGUACCACUUUAGGAGCAUAGGAAAUACACAAAUACACAUGAACCAUCCAGAGACGAUUAGUUUACUGCAAAAGGCAACUCGCACAGGCAGCACAGCUACGUAUAAAAAGUACGCAGAACUGCAGAACGAACUGAUAAACCAUUGUGAGAUUAGAGGACAGUUAGAAAUAAAUUAUAAAAAAUGCCCCUCGUAUAAUAAGAAGAAGAAAAAAAAUGAACCCAUAAAUAUUCAGCUAGUAGAAUCUGUGAACAAAAUUUUACUCAGAUUUUGCACCGGCGCUAUGUCUUUUGGGUCUCUCUCGGAGGAAGCACACACCACGGUUGCCACGGCUAUGAAUAACAUGGGGUUGAAAUCGAAUACAGGUGAAGGAGGGGAAGCAGAAGAUCGCAUUAGGAGGGAGCCUACCGAAGGGAAUGGGCCUAACGAACCCAACACCAACUCAGCGGUUAAACAAAUCGCAUCCGCCCGGUUCGGUGUCACGGCGUACAGUUUGGUAAACGCUCAGGAACUACAGAUAAAAGUAGCACAGGGAUCCAAACCUGGAGAAGGGGGAGAAUUACCAGGAUACAAAGUGAGUGCAAAAAUUGCCUCUGUUCGUAGAAGCACACCAGGUGUUGGGCUAAUUUCACCACCACCACACCAUGAUAUGUAUUCCAUUGAAGAUGUGGGUCAGUUAGUCUAUGACUUAAAGAAUAUAAACAAGGAAGCUAAGAUUUCUGUGAAACUAGUGUCGAAGCUAGGAAUAGGUGUUAUCACUUCAGGAGUUGUGAAAGGAAAUUGCGAACAGAUUCUGAUCAGUGGAAUGUCUGGUGGCACGGGGGCAUCCAAGUGGACUUCCAUUAAACAUGCGGGUCUUCCAUGGGAAAUCGGACUAGCAGAGGCGCACCAAACUUUGUGCAAAUCCAAGUUGAGAAAAAGAGUUAUCUUACAAAUUGAUGGACAACUAAAAACAGGGAGAGAUGUCAUCUUAGGUGCACUACUCGGUGCAGAAUCUUUUAGCUUCUCGACCCAACCGUUAAUUGCUUUAGGGUGCAUUAUGAUGAGGAAAUGCCACCUGAAUAUCUGCCCUGUUGGCAUAUGUACACAAGACCCAGAGUUGAGAAAAAAAUUCGAAGGCAAACCAGAAUAUAUAAUAAACUUUUUUUUCAUGCUAGCAGAAGAGGUCAGGGAGUACUUGGCCAGCAUGGGGUUCAGGAAGUUUUCCCAAAUUAUCGGAAGGUCCGAUUUGCUCAAAAAGAAGGACCACUUAAAAUAUGACGAGAAGAGGAAGCUGCUGGACUUCUCCAAGUUGCUCUUCCCAGGGUGGAAAUAUUAUGCAGAAGAGGAAAUGAAAGAUGUUGUGAAGAAAAGAUACAACAAAAAUGCCAACGAGAAGAAGAGGCAAGUUGGUGGAAGUUCCCUCUACUCUGGUUCGACCUACAAAGCAGGAGGGUCGCUCUCCCCGGGGGUGAACAACGCGUUAGACAAAAUGAGAAGGAAGCAGGUACUCAUAAACGAAAAUUACAACACGGUGCAGAAGUACGAUGUGGUGAAGAGGGCAGACGAGGGUGGAGAACACACGGACGGACUGAAUCAUGCGGGGGAGACGUGCUCCUCUGUGGGGGAAUACGAUGAGGAGGCGGCAGCGGAUGAUGCGGAAGAUGAGAAGGAGGACAGGGAGGAUGACGACGAUAACGAGGAAGAAGAUGACGAAGAUGAUGAGGACGAUGAUGGAGAGGAAGAACGUGACAGCAGCGAUGGCGAAGUAGAAACGAACCCGAAUGACCCCGAUGAGGUGCGUGUUUCGAACGAAGUGAACGGCUCCGUCCACCCACGCAGCGUGCAGACCGGCCAAGGCAAAAGGGAAAAACCGAAGAGGAGACAAAAACCGCUGUGCGAAGAAGAUGACUUGAACCUGGAAUAUUCCAAAGGUGAACGUAUCAAACAUAACUUAGCGAUAAACAGAAGGAGUGCAAAGAACGCUAUGGUGUGCACCACCAAGAUGAUGAGAAAAAAAAUGAACGAGAAAAAAAUGCAUUCGAAGAAGAAGGAACCCAAACCGAUGGCAAUCUUCUGUUGCGAAACGCAGAACCAUAAAUUGUCUGAUAUUAUUGAUAGAGAACUUAUAAGAAGGUCGAAAAUAGCUUUGCUGAAUUGUACACCUGUGAAUAUAAAGAUGCCUAUAAAGAAUACGGACCGAGCAGUGGGAGCCAUGUUAAGUUACCAUAUCAUUCAGAAAUAUGGGGAACCAGGAUUACCCAUGGAUACUAUAAAGGUGAAAUUUAGAGGAACAGGAGGAUUAUCCUUUGGAGUAUUCUUAACAAGCGGUGUGAACUUUGAGCUGGAAGGAGAUGCAAACGAUUUUGUGGGGAAGGGUCUAUCUGGUGGAAUUAUAUCUGUGCAUUUUCCCAAAACGUCGUUAUUCAUAAAUGAGUGUCAGAAGAACAUGAUUGCAGGAAAUUCUGUUCUUUAUGGUGCCACAAAAGGAAGAGCUUUUUUCGCGGGAAGAGCUGGGGAAAGAUUUGCAGUUCGUAAUUCUGGGGCUAUUGCAGUUGUGGAAGGAGUCGGGUGUCACGGGUGUGAGUACAUGACAAAGGGGAUAGUAGUUGUGUUGGGUGAAAUUGGAUGUAACUUUGCUGCAGGAAUGAGUGGCGGAAUUGCAUACGUCUUAGACAUUAACAGAAAAAACGUAAACCAUCAAAUGGUAGAUUUGAAGGUAUGCAAAACGAUGGAUGAAAAAAUGACUCUAGAAAAACUACUACAUGAGCAUUACGAAAGGACCAAUUCGUAUACAGCUAAGGUUUUGCUGCAAGAUUUUGACGCGAAUCUUCACAGGUUUACGAAAAUUAUUCCAAGAGAUAUUAAACGAGUGCUAACUGAAGCGUGUAUCGAAUUUGUGAAGACAGGGAAUGAAGAAGCCGCAGCGAUUUUAGACGAUUGGGCGUCUUUGUUGAAAAAUGUCGACCAGCCAGAAAACAUGUAUAAGAAGGCUAUGCAAUUUUUUACCACCAUUUCGGAUGACAUUUCUGGAUUGCCCAAAACGCUAGCACUGAGAAAUGUGGAUGGACUGAUCAUAUAUGAUAUUUUGCAAGACAGUCAUAGUAGGAAAUUAUUAACAGUGAAAAAUUAUACGCCCGAAUUGAAUUCCACACAGGGGAGUGAACAAUUGCAAGGACAGGUGAAGAAGAAAAAAAUUUUUGACUUUGAAGGGUUUAUUCAUAAUUUAGAACUUUGUAGAAAAAAUAACCGAAAGUGGAGGAGGUUCACAGAAAUCCCAUUUAAGUGUAGCGCCUUUGCGGAAUUUAAAAAUAUUUUCCCAAAAAAGCUAGAUGAAAAGUCAAAGGAAAUGAUAAAAAAGUAUAUCCUAAAUGAGAAGUACCUGCUGGAUCUUCACCUAAAAUCCCUAAAUUCGAAUUCCUUUAUUGACAGCCUGAUUGAUAGGGAGGAGGGAGACGACUACAUGAACAUGAGUCAGCAACAGAUGAGCCCCAAUGUGUUCUCUUUGAAAAGUUUUCUCUACGCAAGUGAGAAGAGUGAGGGAAGUGUUAAGGAUAACCAGCCUGCCGUCCGAUCUUCCGACGGCGGGGGAUUUAGGGGCACUUCUACCACUUCGGCACGCAGCAUCGCUGGGGCGUCCAUCUCAUCGGUGGAUCCAUCUGACGGAAAACCUGACUCCACCACCACGUCGAUAACCGCCCCACUGAAUGGGUCUAUCCCUGGGAUUACUUCCGGACCGAUUGCCGACCCCAUCACUACAGCAUGCACCACCCCAUGUGCCAAUGCUGCUUCCCCCCCGGUAACCAAACCGAGCAUCACAAACACGCAAGGAAGUAGUUACGAAGUGGAAGCCACAGAGUCGGUAAUGCCUGGAAUGAGCCAAGCCAAACCCUUUCUCGCGGUAAACCCGAAUAAAGUCACCGGGUUUAAGGAGUACGAACGGUUAUCCCACCCGCUAAAGGAUAUUAGCAGUAGGGUGUUGGACUAUUCGGAGAUCAUCGUGCCAAUUAAUGCAAAAAGUAAACUCCACAACCAGUUGCUAAAGACACAGGCAUCUAGAUGCGUAGACUGUGGAACCCCAACUUGUCAUUAUCCAAACUCCAGCGGAGGAGGGUGUCCUUUAGGCAACAGAAUAUUUGACUGGAAUAAUUUAAUAUACGAAAAUGAGUGGAAAAAAGCUCUGGAAAGAUUGCUAGAUACAAAUAAUUUUCCAGAAAUCACGGGGCGAGUUUGUCCAGCUCCUUGUGAAGAUGCUUGCGUUUUAAGCAUUAAUGAGAAACCAGUAUCGAUUAAAUUUAUUGAGUUAUCCAUUAUCGAAUGUGGAUUUUUAAAAAAGUGGAUUCAGCCAAUCAUUCCGCAUACCAGGACGGGGAAAAAAGUUGCCAUCGUAGGUUCAGGUCCCGCAGGACUAACAGCAGCUCAGCAGUUGAAUAAAGCAGGACAUGAAGUAACAAUCUUCGAGAAGGACGAAUAUUUUGGAGGCUUACUAAUGAACGGAAUACCAAACGUUCGACUGGAUAAAAAAAUUGUAGAGAGAAGGUUAAGCAUAAUGAGAAAGGAAGGGAUCAUUAUGAGAAACAACACCAACGUAGGGGAGGAUAUAACCUUAUCCGAGCUAGCCAAAAAUUUCGACGCUGUUUUAUUAUCCACUGGGUAUAAAGUCCCAAGGAAGUUGGACAUUCCAGGAUCGAAUUUGAAUAAUAUUUAUUUUGCCAUGGAUUUUCUCACCACAUGUCAGAAGUCGCUCCUUAAAUCUGACCUAACGGAUGAAAACUACAUAGAUGUAUCAGAGCGGCACGUAAUUAUUCUAGGCGGAGGGAAGACAGCUGUGGAUUGCAUAAGUUUGGCCAUCCGAAUGGGAGCAGCUAGCGUUUUACAAUUCACCAGACAAGAUAUUCCACCCAUGACAAGCACAGAAUAUUCUUGGCCAGGGGUGAAAAAUGUAUUCAAGGUAGAUUACUCACAUGAUGAAGCGAUAAUAAUCCAAGGGAGGGAUCCACGGGAAUUCUGUGUUAGGAGUUUAGAAUUUAUUCCCUCUAGUAAGGACCCUAAGAGAGUGUCUGGCAUUAGGGCCAUUAAAGUCAAAUUGAAGAAAGUUCCCAAGGGGGAGGUGCAUAAGCAUGCCCUGGUGAGGACGCCCUCCAAGAAAUCCACAGAUGUCACCAUUACCACGUCGAACACCACCGCUAGUAUGCCCAGAAGCAAUGGGGUGAUAUCCAAUCUGGAGUCGAAAAAACAUCAAACAAAAUCUGGCAAAGCGAAGGGGAAGAAGGAUACGUCCAAGUGUGGAACUGGGAAGGCAUCCGGGACAGCGACCGCUAGUGCAUCCGCCACAGCUACAUCCAGUCGAACCUCCAGCGCAAGGACCAGCUCGCAUUCCUCAUCCCCCGGAACGACCAACGAUAUUAUUCAAAACUACCAAACGACGAAGAAGCAAAAGGAGUAUGUCGAUAUCCCUUUCACCGAAAGGAUUUACAAAGCAGACGUUGUUAUCAUGGCCUUGGGAUUUUCCAAGACGGAUGACUCCCUAUGGGAAAAUGACUCCAUUAAGAUCGAGCUGGACAAUUAUAACUGCAUUAAGACGAAAAUUAGAACUUACCAGACGAACUAUAAGAAGAUAUUUGCCUGUGGGGACUGUAGAGUCGGGCCUAGUACCGUCGUGCAGGCCAUAGCCGAUGGGAGAGACGUUGCCGCCAAGAUCGAUGAGUUUCUCAUGAAUGCAGAAUCGAUACUACCCUCCUGCAACACGUACUAUUACUACCCCCCCAACUAUAAGAGCGUCCCCUUUGGGUCUGCCCACUGGGGUUAA